CCGGGGUCGGUGUCCGCUCCAGUCCCCACCGCCACGGUACUAGAGAGAGCGCAUCCAGCCAUGGAGCAGCCGCGGAAGGCGGUGGUGGUGACCGGAUUCGGCCCUUUUGGGGAGCAUACUGUGAAUGCCAGUUGGAUCGCUGUCCAGGAGCUGGAGAAGCUGGGCCUUGGGGACAGCGUGGACCUGCACGUGUACGAGAUCCCUGUGGAAUACCAGACUGUGCAGAGGCUCAUCCCAGCGCUAUGGGAGAAACACAGCCCCCAGCUCGUGGUGCAUGUCGGGGUGUCGGGCAUGGCUACCACAGUGACGCUGGAAAAAUGUGGCCACAACAAGGGUUACAGAGGACUGGAUAAUUGCCGAUUCUGCCCCGGCUCGCAGUGCUGUGUAGAGGAUGGUCCUGAGAGCAUCGACUCCAUCAUUGACAUGGACGCCGUGUGCAAAAGGGUGACCACGCUGGGGCUGGACGUGUCCGUUACCAUCUCUCAGGACGCUGGCAGGUACCUGUGUGACUUCACGUAUUAUACAUCGCUCUACCAGGGCCGUGGCCGCUCCGCUUUUGUGCAUGUGCCCCCGCUGGGCAAGCCCUACAAUGCCGACCAGCUAGGCCGGGCACUACGGGCCAUCAUCGAGGAGAUGCUGGGUGUCCUGGAGCAGGCAGAGGGAGACAUCAGCUGUUGCCACCAGCUCUGACAGGCCAUGUACACCUGGGUGCUGUGAGAGGGGGCAUAACUGGGCCAUGGAGGGUCCUGACUCAUCUGCCUCUCCUCCUGGUGGACCAAAACGGCGGUGAUAGAGAGAGCUCCUUCUGGAUAUCAUCUGGGGACACUUCUGCUGUGCUCAGAGGCCAGGGCUUGGACAAGAUGGCCAGAGGCUAGUGGCCUGCACGCCUGCCAUGGCACUACCUUGGCCCUGACACAGUCUGCGUUUUCAGGUUUAUGGACAAGGAGUUGAAGUUUUCCUUGUGGCUGGGGCCUCACAGAGCAUCAUAAAGUAGAUUAGCUCUGAUCCAUUUCCUGAACCUGGACGGUCUCCCCCAAAGCCACUUGGGACUUGGUUGCCUUUUCUAUCUUCUCUCUGUCUCCAUCUCUGUGUCUGUCUUUCUGUCUCUCUGCCAGUCUCUGUCGUGUUGUCUCUGUCGCUAUGAGUCUCUGUUGUGCCCGCCUCCCCUUCAGUGCUCGAUCAGGGAACAGACUAAUCUAUAUUCCCAUUGGUGAGACUUCAGGUCCAGCCAACAAGUGUCUUUUCUUUGUUCUGGGGAGGGAGGCCUCUUUUGCCUCCUGCCCUGAAAAUACCAUCAUACUUUGGCUCUCCAUAGUGGGUUCCCUUUACUUGGAAAAGCAGGCUGCUGUGCCACCAAGGGCCUGGCCACAGUGGCUUCUGGUGCCUGUGGGGAGCUGAUCCUGCCGUGACCUUUCUUAUUCUCUUUUUCAUUUUUUAGACUCUAAAUAUUUAGAGACUCUUAACUUUUGAAGGUAUUUGUUGUUUUUUGAGACAGGGUCCCAGGUAGCUCAGGCUGGCCAUUUGAACUUAUUGUAUAAUCCAGGCUGACCUUAUGUGAACUCCUGAUCCUCGGGCCUCAGCUUCCUAAGCUGGGAGGACAGGUGUUUGCCACCAUACAUGGCCCACCUGGGACCCAGAAACCACAGUGUGAACCAUCACCCGGGAUCUGUAGAUUGUCUCCAUCUUGAGAUAGACAGCCUCUAAUAUCCUGUUAUUCGGGACCUGGGAGGAGAGGCUGCGGUGCUCAGGCAUGUCCCUGCAUGUCGGAUCAGCCACAGAGAUAUCCGGUGACCUGCAUUUGGAAGUGUGCCAGGGACUCUAGCCAGCCUUUGUCUCUGGCUGACUUUGAACUUCUAAGCCAGGAGGAGAGGCUCUCAGGAAGGGUGGGUGUGACAUGUGACCUGGACACCUUCCAAGACCAAGUCCAGUUCCUCCCAGUGAAGCCACAUCUGUGUUGAUGCCACCUUCCCUCCUGUGGAUGGAUUCAGGCCUCUGUGUCCCCGUGGGAUUGAUGGAUCUGAAUUCUGAAGUGACGUCUCGUCCCUGAAUCUUCUCAUUGUUUGUGAGACUGGGUCUCCUAUAGCCCAGGCUAGCCUCCAAGUCACUGUAGCUGAGGCUGACCUUGAACUCCUGACCCUCCUACCUCUGCCUACCCAGUGCAGGGCUUAUGAUAGCGUAUGUGCUGGACCCAGCUACUUUUAAGCUCUAGUGUUCCUUGUUCUGAUGUGGUUUCUUCUUGUCAUCUUCGUUGAUCCUGUGUCUGGAGCUUAUCUGUCGCCACAUGGAGACCUGAGCAGCUGGCUCUCCUUCCGAAUCUCAGGGGUGAGAGUACCCUGGAGUGCCCUGGGGUGACUUGUUGCCCCUGCAAAAACAUGUAUGGGUGUGGACCAGCAUUUAACCAGGGCUCUGCCGCACAGUCCUGUACUAACACCUUCUCCUAGAGGGAGAGGCCCUACAGCCUCCCAGCUAGCUGUGUGUGUGUGUGGGGGGGAGUGUAUGGCUCUUUUGCCUGUGGGGGCUCGGGAGUAAGGGAUCCCCCAGGGCCCUGGGUUUUUGAGACAUCAUGUAGACAAGGCAGGCCUUGAACUCACGGCCAUCUAGCCUCAGCCACCCCCUGAGAUGACAGAGAUGGAUCUGAUUUUGGUUCCCAUAUAUCUGUUUUUUUGUGUUUUGAGGCAGAGUUGUACCUGAACUCUGUAGCUCAGGCUGGCCCUUUAACUUGUGGCAGUCCUCCUGCUUCAGGUGUAUCCAGUGCCUGGCAAAUCUUCCUCAGACUAUGGGCUAUAUGCUUCACUCUCAAUUUUCUCAACGUCCCCGGCAGGAUCUGGCUGGCUUUCCGUGGCCCAGCUCUGCUGGGAACACCUUGUUCUGCUCAGGGACUGAGAGACUUCUCCUCUGGUCGCCAGGAAGGUGUACAUGUCAUUUUCUAGUCCCCACUGUUGAGCUGACAAGGAUCCCAGGAUGUGGGGCUGGUAUUUAUUUAGGCAUCUCUUAAACACACACCCCUUGGCCCUAAUCCAAAACCUUUUGAUUUUUCUCCUUGUUUCUUGGCAGGUGGGGUCAGGGUCUGUAGUUGCCAGGUGUUGGCCUAGAUUGGUCACAUUGACCCCUAAGGUCCAGGUCACCCCAACCCUGACCUUCAUUUCUCAUUCCUACCUUUGGGGUGGGGUGGGCGGGGCUUUGAGGGGUAGACUGUCAUAUGGGCAGGACCUGACCUGGGCCUAGCUGGCCCUUACCAGCAAUGGCAAAGUAGAAAGCUAGCCCAGUGGUAGAAGAGAAGUAGCAUUGACAUAAAUCUGAAGCCAGGGACAUGUGUAGGGACAGCCAUGGUGGUGUCUGGGUUCUCAGCCAGUCUGAGAAAAUGUCUGAUUUUCAACUUAGGUGUAGGAAUGUAGCUUUCGGACCAACAUGCUACCCCUGGGCCACUCCAAUGUUUGCCAAGUCCCCUCGGAGGGCCAGGCUGCAAGGAAGAGGCUGGAUCGCCAUAGUGGGCACUAAUGUUUUGAAUUUGUUUUUGGGGGGAGGCGGGGGGUGACACAGGGUCUUGUGUAGUCUGGGCUGGCUUCACACUAUGUGGCUGAGGGUGACCUUGAAUUCCCUGCCUCCGGGUCCCAGGGAUGACGGGGUUAAGCCUCUGAGACCGCUUUGGAGACAGAUCUUAAAUUGAUAGCUUCAGCUAAAAUGGGGAAUCUCAUGUCCUUCCCAAGCCGGCAUGCAAACCUUCAGAAAAGGGUGGGCCCCGAGGCGGGGAAGGCUGGAAAAGCAGACUGUAGGUGCUUUUGUAUGAGGAGUGUCUGCUGGAAGGCAGACCAGCUGCUGUGUACACAGGCUGCUUGUGCCUUCGCCCCCAGGGUGACCUUGCUGUACACUAGGAGAGCUCCUCUACCCUCCCCUGCCCCUCCCCCUCCCACUGUCUAGACAGCUUACCCUUGACCUCUCUACCCCUUGGAGUGUCUGAGCCCAGAAGUCCUCUCUGGGAAAGUAAGAGACAAAGCCUUAUUCUGGAGUUGGAACUGUGGGGGUCCCCAUGCACGAUGACGGCUUCUCAGAUGCAGACCCAGGCAGGUUGCCUCUCUCCUCAGCCCACUGUCUCUCCGUAUCCACAGGCUGGGGGGAGCCAAGAGAGAGGGCUUUGGUAUUCUGUGUCAGGUGAAAUGUCUGCCCCGUCGCCCCCCUCACGGCCGCCCCCCCCCCCAGCACAGUGUCUGGACCAGAAGACAAAGACCAGAAGGCAAAUGGCUCUGUUCUUCAUUGUAUGCAACAGUAGGGAAAUUAACCAAACUCAUUCUUUGCCUGUGAAAAGCUAAACCCUGAGCGACCACGGCCACUAACCUUGCCUGUCAGUGAUGCUUGUCCCUGGUGUCAGGCGCACUGGUCACAAGCUGUAAGAUUGCAUCAUCCAGCCACUGGAAGUGGAGGCAGGAAUCAGCCUUCCCUACACUGCAAGUUAGAGGCUGGGCUGGGAUUUGAGAGACUUUGUCUUAAAAACAAAACGUCAGGAAGAAAGGAAGAAAGAGAGGUGAGCAAGGUGGCUCAGUGGGGGAGUCAGUUGCCACCAAACCUAAAAGCUGGGCUUUAUUCCCCAAGAGCCACAGGUGGAAGGUGAGAACUGCCUUCUACCACAGGGCUGUUUCCCUGAAACACUGGGACGCAGCUUUCGUGUCUGGGCCAUGUUUGAGGGACUCACAGAGAGCUGGGUUUGGGAGUAGGUUUUUGGUUGUUGUUGUUUUUGUUUUGUUUUUAGUUUUGUUUUUAGUGGUUUCACUCUGUAGGCCUUGAAGGCCCUAAGUCCUCCUGCCUCUGCCCUCAGGGUGGAGGAGGGCAUGCCUGUGCUACCAUGCUCUGCUUUUCUUUUAUAAAAAGAGGUUUCACUAAUGCUAGGUGGCACCAGGCUCUUUUCCUUCAAAGCCUGGGGUGGCCCUGUCAAGGUCAGCUACAGCCACACCUUCGGAAGUGCUCCAGCUAAGGGUCUGGAUUGUUUAUGGGACCCCUCAGUACCUCAGGUAUUUUAUCCUCUCUACAGGGGCUCUUCUGCCCUCUGAGACACUUCUGGCCCAGUGUGCCUUCUCUUUGACCCCAGAGCUCCCACUAAGCACCCUGACUGGGUGUCUGAGACCCCAGGGAAUAGAAGGGAGAAGGGCCUGCCAGGCCGCACUCUGGAAAACUCCAUGCUCUUUACCUAGAAACCAAUAAAGUUGCUGAAACCUGUCA